UCUCAACAACUCCGAUCGCUGCUUCGAAAGACUGCUCUGCACUGCUGCAGGGCGCGGAGACGCUGCUGGCGACCUGGUCCGCGUUGUGGCGCGUCGGGUCCUCUGUACGCGUUCAAGUCCAGUAACAGUCAAUGGAGUGAAUGACAUUGCCGAGCGCUUCUGCAACCAGCCCGGGACGCAAUCGCUUUGUGAGCGCGCUGGAGGAGAAGGCGGGAGCCGCGCGGCGCCAACCAUGGCUGAGGGGCAGCAGCAGCAGCAGGUUGCCCGCGGCGGGGACGUCUGGGAAAUCGACGUGGAGAGUCUGGAGGAGCUGGACGAGGUGGAGCAGUGUCCGGCGGCGGAGCAGCGCCAACCCCGGCUGGAGGCUGACGAGGACGACGACGACGACGAGGACGACGACGAGGACGACGGGGAGGAAGACGACUUGGGCGACCCCGACGAUGGGGCAGCCGGCGACCGCCUUCGGGGGCCUCCGCUUCCUGAGCCGCAGCUGGCCCCUCCUCCGGCAUCGACCGAGAGAGCCGCGGUGGCCGGGGAGCCGCACACCCGCAAGCUGAGCCGCACGCCCAAGUGCGCGCGCUGCCGCAACCACGGCGUGGUGUCCUGCCUCAAAGGCCACAAGCGCUUCUGCCGCUGGCGGGACUGCCAGUGCGCCAACUGCCUGCUGGUGGUGGAGAGGCAGCGCGUCAUGGCCGCCCAGGUGGCGCUGCGCAGGCAGCAGGCGACCGAGGAUAAGAAGGGGCUUACUGGGAAACAGGCUAACUUUGAGCGCAAGACAGUGUACCAGAGGCAUGUCCGGACACCCAGUUUGCUGGCUAAAAGCAUUUUAGAAGGUUAUCGGCCCAUUCCAGCAGAUCCAUACCUUGGAGGAAAUUCAUCCUUGCCACCUCCUGUGAGUGACAGAAUGAGAAAAAGGCGAGCUUUUGCUGACAAAGAGCUGGAAAACAUCAUGCUUGAGAGGGAGUAUAAAGAAAGAGAAAUGAUGGAAGCCACGCAGGCUGCUGCCUUUUUCCUGCCUAACCGCAUGGUGCAUGGGACUGAAUACAACCCGUACAAAACUGCGUUUAGCCCUAAUCAGGUUGAAGCUUCCAAUAAGGAGUUUUGUGGCUUCCUGCCAACGUGCCUAGAUUUAACUAUGCAGUAUUCAGGUUCAGGGAACAUGGAGCUGAUUUCAUCAAAUGUGAGUGUAGCCACCACCUAUAGGCAGUAUCCUUUACCCUCCAGGUUCCUGGUGUGGCCAAAGUGUGGCCCCCUCAAUGAUGCCCUUCUGUACCAGCAGUGCCUCCUCAACGCUACUGCAGUCCAGUCCCUCAAACCUGGAGCAAUCUGGGAUGCCAAGGCUUCACAAAGUCAGGAUUGUCCAAACCCUGAACAUGACAUGAUGCCAUCCAAGAAUGAAAAUGCAUUCCUACUUCCUCAUGUUCGAGAUAUUCAGCCGCCUCAAAAUGAACUCCAGCAUGUCCCUCAGGAGACUCGUGAGAGGUCAGCCUUCUCACCCCCCAAGAGGACUUUCUCACAGAUCUCUGACAAGGAGACCCUGGUUCCUCAGGAACACUCUCUCAGCAAGAUCAGCAAAGAAAUCACCAAGCAGCAGCUACCAACACUGCCCUCCAAGUAUAGUCCGUUCCAUUCAUUAUUCCAGCAGACGCUACACAACAAAUCAGGCCCAGAGUUAAAAACAACGUUUGAUGAAGCAUCCAAGAAGUACAGAGAGUGUAACAUCAAAGAAAACCAAAAAUACAAAUUCACCAUUGACAGAUAUGCAAAGGACUUUUUGGGGGUGAAACAAGUUGUAACAAAAUUGUCAACAAAUGAGCCUCUUUCAUUUUCUGUUGAAUCAAUUCUUAAGCGACCGUCUUCAAUGGUCACCAAUGUGUCUCAAUAGAUAUCUGUUGACUAGAUAGAUACUGUGACCUUCAAAUGUCUCAAGCUAGUGUAUUUGCACUUAAGGUGGAAAUCCUGAUCAUAUGUACCAGGAAGUAAAUCUAACUUCUGAG